UAUUGUCUGCUCCUCAACUCAAACCGGAGUUGAAAUUUUACUUCUCGGAAGCUGCUCAAGCUUUUGAGUAACACACCACUCCAACCCUCCUGCCUCCUGCUUAUAUAUAUAUACAUCUCCUCCAUCUCUUUGAGCCCCCAUUUCAACCGGUGCUUUGCAUUGGUAGGCCUGCCUCGUGUGUUUGUAUCUGCAGAAGCUUCACUGGGCACAGCAGAGAGGAAGGAAGAGCAGGAAGGAGACUAGGGGAGAGAGAUGGGGAGGAGGAAGCUGGGGCUUGACAGGGUCCUGGACUGCUUCUCGCUCUCCCUGUGCGCGAACACCUGCGCCUGCGUGCACUCCGUGGAGGAGGAGGAGGACGAGGACGAGGCCGACGAGCGGAGGGCCCUGGUGAGCAGCCAGCUGGAGGAGCUCGUGAAGCUCAGGGACUUGGUCGAUGGAGCUGCAAGAACCCUUGCUUUCCAUCUGGAGCCCAAGACUGUGGAGCUCAAGGUGUCCAUGCACUGCUACGGAUGCGCCAAGAAAGUCCAGAAGCACAUCUCCAAGAUGGACGGUGUCACGUGGUUCGAGGUGGAUUUGGAGAAGAAGAAGGUGGUGGUGACGGGGGACAUCACGCCCUACGAGGUGCUGGAGAGCAUCUCCAAGGUGAUGAAGUUCGCGGAGCUGUGGGUGGCACCCCAGCAACAACCCCAAGCAGCAAGCCGCGGAUAGGUUGUUUUGUAGAUGAUGGGCUAGAUAAAAAAGAUGAUGGGCUAGAUCGAUCUCACGUAUCGGCAUGGCAUCAACGCUCACGGCCUCACCUCCAUCAUGCGUACUUGCGUACUCAUUUAACAUGUUGCUCUGGGUUUUUAUGUAAAGGGCAAAUUGGGGAGCGUGUCUGCGUGUGGCUGUGUACAACAAGAGUCAAGAGGCUUUUGCCUGGCCGCCUGUACGCGCGGCCGAGCCAAUCGUACGUGCACUCACUCAGUUACCAGAAAGAAUUCUCAGGUUUUCAUUU